CAGCUAUACCACUACUAGCACUCGCAAUUUCCUCCAGUUUGCAACGACUAUAUAGAUCCAAUGGCUCGGCUGUCAGGUCUCCAAAGACAGGUGCUGUCUCUGUAUCGGACAUGCUUGAGAGAAGCCGGGAAGAAACCCAUUGAGACGAGAGAAAAUUUCAGAGCAUAUGCUAGGGCCGAAUUUCGAAAGAAUUCCUCUGUUAGCAAGAAGGAUUUCGGUGCGAUAGAGUAUCUACUACGAAAGGGGCAGAGGCAGCUUGAGAUGUACUCAUCCCCCGGGAUUCGCAAUAUCCGGUGAUUUCAAUAUCCUGUCGCUUGCGGGGCAGCCCCAGAAAUUCAAAAAACGACCCUCCUCCUUUGGAUGGAUGAACUCUUAUGUCA